AUGGAUAGCAACAACGUCAACAAAACGAAAAGACAAAAAACGGGGAAUCUUUACCUGAAUUAUACAAUUUCUUCAAAUGAUGAAAAAAUCGAUAUCAUCACUGAUAUUUCAAAAUUAUCACCUAAAAGUUUUUUCAAUGAUUAUAUAGCAAUUAGAAAACCUGUGAAAUUUGUCACCCCUUCUGAUCAACAAGUUAUUCAAUUGAAUAAAUUUGAACUUGAGAAUUUAGUUGAUACAUUGAAUUAUAAUGAUGAAGAAUUACAAGUUGAAAAAAAAUAUCAAGCUGGGUUUGGAUCAGGACAGAAAAGAAUUAAAAUGAAAUUGAGUGAUUUAGUAAAUGAGAUUAAAAAUGGGAAUGAUGAAUAUUAUUUAACUACUCAAUAUGAUUUUGAUGAUCCUGAUAGGGCUAGUGAUGAAGAGGAGGAAGGAGAAGAACAAAAGGAGGAUGAGGAUGAGGAGGACGUAGAAGAAGAAGGUGUUCCAUUUGAUCAAUUUUCUGAUACUUCUUCUAUUGAUAUGAAUAAUCUUCACGAUGAUUUUGAAGAUAUUGAAGAUGAUUUUGAUGAAUCAGCAAAUGAUGAAGAAAACAACAAAGACGAAAUGACGGCAGCAGAAGCAGAAUUCAGAAUUAAAGAAUUAUAUCAACCUCCAUUAACCAAUUUAGUCAAUCAUCCAGAAAUUCUUCCUUAUUCUCCAUCAUUUUUCAAUCUUGUCCCUCAACAAAUCAAUUUAUGGAUGGGAUCUUCUUCUACCAACACCAAUAUCAAAGAAACACACAAUAAUUUCACUAUAGAUGAAUCAAAACCAGAUUUAGGUUUAGGUAAGCAAUUACCUGGUGAAUCACCUAGAGGAACAUCUACGGGAUUACAUCAUGAUCAUGCUGAUAAUUUAUAUAUAUUAGUACUGGGGAAAAAACGAUUCACAAUUUUAAGUCCUAAUGAUGCCAUGAAAUUAUAUACUGUGGGAAAUAUAUAUAAGAUUUUCAACAGUGGGAUAAUUGAUUAUGAAAUUGAUGAAAAUGCCCCUGGUUGGAAACAUGUUCGUGAUGAUGGGGCAAUCAUUGAAGAAAUCAUUUAUUGGCAAUUGGAUAAAUCCAGACUGACCAAUAAUGGGCAUGACAAAGAAGCAGAGCAAAAAUUGUUGAAUGAAUUACAAGUACAUAUUAAACAACAUCAAGCACAACAAAAGGCUUUGAAAACUACUUCGGGUAUUCGUCGUGAUCCACCAAGUUUUUCAAAAAUCCCUCCGGCAUUAUUACAUCUCGAUGAAUUGAAAGAUGAAUCAAUUCGUAAGAAAAUUGAAUCUUUUGCGAAUAAAUUUUUCCCAGGGGUUUUACAAUUGAAUAAAUUGGAAGUAUGGUUGAAUCCUGGUGAAAUGCUUUACUUACCUGCUGGUUGGUUUCAUGAAGUAUCCAGUUUUGGAAGUGAUAACAAGGACAAUAUAGGAGGUGCUCACAUUGCAAUUAAUUAUUGGUUUAUCCCACCAAACACAACAAAUUUUGAUGAUUGUUAUGAAGAUACUUAUUGGAAAGAAGAUUGGGAGAAAACCAAACAAGCAAUGCAGUUGGUUAAAGAUGGUGUGGUUAAUUUAUAG